ACAAAUUUCUGGAAUCGUUAAGUUAACAAACAGUCAGACGUAAGUCUUUAGUUCCUAGCUUGUGCUUUGGUCUCCAGCUAGACCAGUCUCCGAGAUUUGCGGAUUUCUGAAUAACUGAAUGGACAGAUGGGUAGGCUCCAGCAGCUCUUGUGUCUGGCCAUGACGUGGAGCCUGGCCGCGGCUUUCCUGACCCUCGGCUGUCCGGCCCCGGCUCCCUGCCAGUGUGACGUCAGCAUUCACUGCGAGGCUCGUCAGUUAAAUGGCAUACCCAGGUCAAUGGGGCUACUGGGCACUGAGCCGUACAUUGGAUUAUACCUGAACCGUAACAACAUUACAGUCGUUGAUCAGGACUCGUUAAAGGGCUACCACACCAGCACCGUCGACCUGAGCCAGAACCCCAUCACCACCUUCCAAGACGACGCCUUCGUAGGGAUGGAGGAAUUCCUCCUGGAGCUUAACAUAGAGAACACCCACAUUAGGACAGUUCCAGCCUCCGUCUCCAGGUUAAAAAAUCUGCAGAAACUCAACAUCCAGAACAAUCCAAUCAGCAUCCUGCAUCCAAACGUCACGUUGGGAGUCGGCCAAUCGUUGAUCAGCCUAUCUAUGGGCAGGACCAACAUCCGCUACUGGCCCUCCUCACUCAACUCGCUGGCCCAUCUCCAGUUUUUAAACAUGUCCAACAACCGGGUCAUCUUCCUGCGAGAUGGCGCUGUGUCCAGCUUUAGCAACACACUACACGAGCUGCAUCUUGUCAACAGUAGCCUGACCUCAUUUCAACAGGAACUUUCUAGUCUCAAGGCAUUGUGGGUGUUGGAUCUAUCACAAAAUGACAUCGCAGAUAUUCCUGCAGGAGCUUUUAGAAAUAUUUCCGGAUCUCUGAGGAAAUUUACUAUGUCGUCUGCUCGACUCACCUACCUACCACCUGCCCUAGCCGACCUCUUGGUCAUUGAGGAGAUCGACUUGAGCGACAACCCCAUGCUGUCCACCAACAACGACGUCCUUGACACCGGCACCGACCCCCUGCUCCUGAACGCCGCCAUCAGCCUCCGCAGCUUGAACCUGGCCUCCUGCAGUCUGCUGGCGAUGCCGCGUGCCGUCAAAAGUCUGGCAUACCUGGAGCUGCUGGACCUCAGCGGCAACAAGAUCAGCCUGUUGCACAACUUCCAGUUCAGUACGCUGACACACCUCAAGGUGCUCAUACUCAACGACAACCCGCUGUCGAACAUCCCGUACAAAUCUUUCGGCGGCCUUGUGUCUUUAAACAGCAUCCACCUGGCCAGGUGUCACAUGUCCUACGUGCCUAGCUCGUCACUCUCUGACCCCACUGAGCUCACCACGCUGGACUUGUCAAGUAAUCGAAUAUCUAAUAUACUCGAUAACGCCUUCCCAAACGCACGCAAGCUGGCAUCAGUGGACUUGUCCAACAACUCGAUACUGGAGGUGAAGGACGAUGCGUUUAAGGACGCCCACAGCAUCAGGACGCUGAGGUUAUCCAGGUGUUCGCUGACGACAUUGCCUAGGUCUCUGGUCAAAGCAGACGGCCUGCGGUCAGUUUACGUGGACGGGAACCACAUACCGUGCACGUGCGACCUGAGCUGGAUCUCCGCCUGGCAGUCUCAGACGGGUCUGAUCACCAACAUCAUUGGUCGAUGUGACGAUGACCCUACCAUGACCUUUAACACCUUCGUCACGUCCAGCCUACAACAAUGUGACCCAAACAACAUCGCUGUUGGAUAGGCACCAUCUCUAGUCAUCGCUGGGUUCUGCUUAAUUUUAUUUUUACUAUCAGGGAUUUUUAUUAUUUGUGCUCCAAAUUUGUAACAUAAUAAACAAAAUCGCAUUUCUUGGGUUAUCUUCUAUAGACUUCG